GUCGUACGUGACGUCACGGCGCCGCUGUCAGAGAGGCAGGAGACCCGCCCAGGCAGCCGCUUCUCUACCUUCGAGUGUGGGCGGCAGCGGAGCCCGGUUGUCGGGUGCAGAACGGCGGCGGAGGACGGGACUUAUGUGACGUUACGCGGCCAUUGCGGAGAGGCAGCGUUACCGCCUGUGUGAGCACCCGUCCCUCCUCCUCCCUGCGGAUCCUCAUUUUCCUCUAUAGGGAUCGGUGGCGGCCGCUCGGUGGUAACCGCGGCCCCUGCUGCGAGAGCGGCCAUGGACGAACAGGCGGGGCCCGGCGUUUUCUUCAACAACAAUAACAAUUCGCUGCUGUCCGCCGCCGGUGCGGGGACUGCGGGAACCGGCAAAGGAUUUGAGGCCGGGGCUGGAGAUUCGGCCUCGGCGGCUGGUGGAGCAGGAGGAGGCGGCACAGGGGCGGCGGGCCGGGCCCAGUACAGCAUCCCGGGCAUCCUGCACUUCCUACAGCAUGAGUGGGCCCGCUUCGAGGUGGAGAGAGCGCAAUGGGAGGUGGAGCGGGCCGAGCUACAGGCCCAGGUAGCCUUUCUUCAAGGUGAAAGGAAAGGACAAGAGAAUUUAAAGAAAGAUCUAGUCAGAAGAAUAAAGAUGUUGGAAUAUGCUUUAAAGCAAGAAAGAGCGAAGUAUCACAAGCUGAAAUAUGGCACCGAGUUAAACCAGGGAGACCUGAAGCCACCAAACUAUGAUUCUGAUGAAACAAAUGAGACGGACGCCCAGCCGCAACCACAGAACAGCCAGUUUAUAUGGAAACAGAGCCGACAGUUACUAAGACAGUAUCUACAAGAGGUCGGCUACACAGACACCAUAUUAGAAGUCAAGUCCAAGCGGGUGCGUGCGUUGUUAGGGAUUUCUGCUGAUUCUUCAGAUCGACUCACAGACACAAAUCAGGAAUCCAUGGUAAAUGGCACAGAGACUGAACUUCCCAACCCACUGGUCAUCGGGAAACCAGAUAUGACGGACUCUGCCUCUGUUCUCGAAACAUUCAAAUUUCUGGAAAAUGCUGCUGCAGAGUUCAGUGACGAUGAGGAUGAUGAAGACAAUGAAGGCAGAGACAAGACCAUUAUAGAUGCUGCAACGAUUGUAAGAAGGCGAGUAGUACCUGACCCUAAUGAAGACAGGGACACCGAAGAGGCUUUAAAAGAGUUUGACUUCUUGGGGUCAGAUGAUACAGAUGGUGGAGAAUCUAGGAGCGCUGGUGAUGGCACUGAAUGGGAAAAGGAAGACCAGUGUCCCAUACCGGAAUCCUGGAAUAUCGAUCAGGGAGUAAUAACCAAACUCAAGGAACAAUACAAAAAGGAGCGCAAGGGGAAAAAAGGGGUGAAGAGAAAAACCUCAGAAGAAAUGUCUCAGCCCGUGUCCCACAUAAAACAAUCAAAACAGGGAUGUGGGAGCAUUUUGGAGAAAAGCGCAGGACCAAACAGAUCGAAGCUUCAGGAUAUGCUGGCAAAUCUUCGAGAUGUUGAUGAACUUCCAUCAUUACAGCCCUCUGUGGUGUCCUCUUCAAGGCCUGCAAGCUCCCGACUCAGCGAGCAGGAAGUAAACCGAACAGACGAAGUUGAAGCAUUAACGUUUCCACCAUCAUCUGGAAAAUCUUUCAUCAUGGGAGCAGAUGAGGCAUUAGAGAAUGAACUAGGACUAGGAGAACUGGCUGGACUCACAGUGGCCAAUGAAGCAGACACUUUGACGUAUGAUAUUGCAAACAACAAGGAUGCACUUAGAAAAACAUGGAAUCCCAAGUUUACUCUUAGAAGUCACUUUGACGGAAUACGGGGACUUACGUUCCACCCAACAGAGCCAGUCCUCAUAACUGCAUCAGAAGAUCAUACAUUAAAAAUGUGGAAUCUGCAGAAGACUGCCCCUGCAAAAAAGAGCGCAUCUCUUGAUGUGGAACCAAUAUACACAUUCAGAGCACACAGGGGCCCUGUCCUGUGCGUGGUGAUGAGUACGAACGGGGAACAGUGUUACAGUGGAGGAACUGAUGGUGUCAUACAGAGCUGGAACACACCAAAUCCUAAUGUGGAUCCAUAUGAUUCAUACGAGCCUUCAGUUCUGCGAGGUGCGUUUGAAGGCCACACGGACUCUAUAUGGGGCUUGGUGUACAGUGCAGCUCACCAGCGUCUGUUGUCUGCCUCGGCAGAUGGCACAAUUAGAGUAUGGAAUGCAUUAGAAGCUGCCCCUGCAUUAAGCGUAUUUAAUGAUAACCAAGAAUUAGGAAUACCUUCCUCUGUGGACCUAGUAAGUAGUGACCCAGCUCACAUGGUCGUAUCUUUUGAUAGCGGACACACAAGUAUUUUCAAUAUGGAGGCACGGCAGAAAGUUUUAACAUUAGAGUCUUGUAUAGAAACAGCUUCGAGCUGCCAGAUAAACAGAGUAAUUAGCCAUCCGACUCUUCCAAUUACCAUCACUGCUCAUGAGGAUCGGCACAUCAAGUUUUAUGACAACAAUACAGGAAAGCUCAUCCAUUCGAUGGUUGCACAUUUAGAUGCAGUAACAAGUUUAGCUGUGGAUCCGAAUGGGUUGUACCUGAUGUCUGGCAGUCAUGACUGUUCAAUACGUUUAUGGAACUUGGAAAGCAAGACCUGCAUACAGGAAUUCACCGCCCACCGCAAGAAAUUUGAUGAAUCCAUUCACGAUGUGGCAUUCCACCCAUCUAAAUGCUACAUAGCCAGUGCAGGCGCAGAUGCCCUUGCCAAAGUUUUUGUAUGACACCAUGCGUCCCUGUAGUUUUUAAUUUCCCGAAGCAGCCACAUGAAAGCAAAGACAUGCUACUUAUGAACGAAGAUUUGAUUUAACCAUCCUUUCUUUCUUCUUGUGUUGAAUAAUCAGGAUAAGAUGCAAAAAAAAACAAAAAAAUGAAAUGUUGUGGGCUUAGUUUUGCAGGGUGCUGUUUUCUAAACUAAUGGUUUGUUCAGGGUGCUGUAAACUUGACUGGUGCUUGGAGCCAGGAUUCUGUCUUUCAAAUGACCUCUGAGCUACAGUAGCAGCAUUUUAUUUUUAAGAGUGCACAUUUGACCAGGCAGGCCUGGAUCAAACUAGUUUCCAACCUACGGUGUAUUUUGUGGUUGUGGAGAUUGUGACAAUGUAACAAACACAGCCAGUGGGACGGCAAAUAACUACAAUAUAGGAAAAACACAGCGGGCAAGUACUUGCCACUCCCUUUUCUCACUUACAGCUCCUGCAAGCGUUUUUUGGUGGAAACCAUGGACCUUUUACCAGUUCUCAUUGUGCAUUUUUCUCAUACUGGAGCUGUUGUCUGAGAAAGCAAGCAUUUCUCCCAGUCCAUGGGACUGCUAGUAACAAGUGAAGGCAGUGUAAAAACAAGACCGAAGAACACACUUUCUAUUUUAACAGCUUUGUUUAGUAUCCGUUGUGUUGUGUUCUUGGAAUGUACUUUAGGUAAAAUACCAAUAUAAAUUUCUAAAAGGGGUAAAUGUGUUGAAUACAUUUAAAGGUCCAUUUUAAUGUCACCGGCAGUUGUUUCACAUUACGCCAAUGGAAGUCUUCACGCCAAUAUUACAGCUACAUGUACUGUUUCAAGAGGCCUUUUACCUUGACAGUGAGGUUCUCUAGGGCAGCAAUUCUAUAUUCUUCUUUUUUUUUUUUUUAGGAUUUUUUUUUUCUAAUUAUGAAUACAUAAUACCCUUGUGUGAUCCUGAACAAUUCUGCAUCUUUUUCUUGUAAAUACGUCUAUAGUUUAAUUAUAUUUGUCACUAGGCACAUACAAAUAAAUUACCCUAUGUAAGAAUUGGACGCUUGGUGCUGUUGCAUUGUGUACCUAUUAUUAGGGAUGCAAAAUAUCUAUACACACCAUUAAAAAAUAUUGCUGGCUCUCAACUAUAAUGGUGAAAUCUGGAAAUAACCGUUAUACUGCAAUGCUUCAAGGUUGCCUAAUGUUAGCUAAAUAGGUAGGUAAAUAAAUGUUUUUUGUUUUUUUUCUUUGAAACAGAACCACACUUCCCUGUAGUUUGUUUGGUAUUGCAGCCCUAUUCACAUUAAUAGUGCAGAGCUGCAGUAGCAUUCAAUGGCCAAAGGUGGUGAGGUUUCUUUUUAAAGGGGUAUUCCGGCUUUUUACAUCUUAUCCCCUAUCCUUUGGAUAGGGGAUAAGAUGUAAAAAGCCGGAAUACCCCUUUAAGGGUCACUAAUAUAGAAGAACCUUCAAAAAAUAUAUAUUUAUUAAAAUAUUAACCAUGAAAUCAUUUUAGUUUUAAACUUAGAAAAUGGCAGACAUGGCUUAGAAAAAAAAUCUGUAUGCACUUAUUUGGUUACCUAGAAGAUUUAAUAGUGCUGCAUUAAACCCACUUAAGAAAAUAUGUACCCCCCCCCCCUUCCUCUGCACUGCAUUCCUGCUGAUCCUAAUUUUAGAGGUUGAUGUAAUCAUUGAGAGACUAAAUUCAACGUGUCCAAUGCCCUGUUAAAAUAAUGCACCUAGACUUUAUACACUGAUCUUUGGUUGUUGCGAAGUCUUUCUCAAAGUGACUUGGGAAAACUUUGUUAAAGUGGUAUUCGUACAAAAUCCAUUUAAAUGGCUGCAAAUCUAAGGAAAGAAAAAUAAACAGAAAUGCCACUGAUUUAACACAAUGAUUUUAAUAUCUUCGGUUUGUUUAAAGAAAAGAAAUGAACUAUGUGGCUUUUUACUUAGACAUUGAAAUUGUGGAUUAUUUGUGUAUUUGCCUUUUUUUUUAUUUUUUCGUUUAUUUUUUUUCUUUUUACUUUCUUUUUAGACUAAGUAAUUACAAAGAUUUAUUUGGAAAUUCUUAAAAGCUAUGUAUAUUAUAUAUAAAUAUAUAUAUAUAUUGUAAACAUAUAUUAAAUGUGUUGAGUAUGGGAUGACUCAAGGGGUGCAUUUUAAUCUUUUUGUAUUGAGUUCUUCUAAGUGUACACAAAGAUAAUGGUAUGGGUAUGACAUUGAGUAUUUUGCUGUUACAUACUAUAUACAAUUUACAGCUGUUUCAAUUGAUGUACAUACAUCUUAAGUUGGCAUGCUUGUUUUACUGACUGUAAUAUUUAGUUGAUUAAAACCUGAAUGUAAGUAAAAACCGGCUAUUUAAACUCAAGCAAGAUAAAAAAAAAUACCACCUUGCCAUCUGUUGUAGUAAAUUAUAGGAGUAAUCAAAGCAGAUAGACUGUGCCUUUAACAGAGAGAGCCUUAUGGCAAAGUAACCUGCUGAUCAUUUACGCAAAACAAGACUUAACACAGAAGUUGUCGAGAAACUCAUGUUCAAGUCUUAAACGUAUGUUCCAGCGUUCACAAUUUUUACAAGGGAUUGGAAAUUUGAGAAAAGUGUAUUCAUGUGAGGGCAUCCAUUUUAGAGUAAAAUGCACAUUUUUGAAUUUGUUUCCAUUUUAAAACAUGCAAUAUCUAAGACUUUGCAUGUUCCACUAUUAUUUUGUGAAUGUGUACAUAUAUAUAGACAAUAUAUUUGGACUGUAGAAACUUUUCAAAACAUUGGUUAGAUUUGCAAUUGACCGCGUGGAAUUGGAGAAAUCACAUUAAAUCACAUUUUGUUCCAAGCCUCCUUUGAAUCUAUGCGUAUUGGUUAUGUGAAUUAAAUAAAUAUGGAUGAGUGCUGGGUAAAGUCAACUUGCCAUGGUAUUGUUUUAUUUUCAAUAUUAAUAAAGGGAAGACUAUACUUGGA